AUGAGCAAUAUUCAAGUCACAUCUACAAGUAUCGAAAAAUGGAGAGAAGCAGCGCAAAAAGAAGGCGUGGCAAUUCUCAAUGUCGCCCAAGGCCAAGAUGAAAUGAAGAAACAUCUAGAGUUCUCCUACAAUUUAACUGGUCUGGAGGAAAAUGAAAUGUACAAAAUCAGUUUAGGAUUUCACCCAGAACCGAAUAAAACGAAGGAUUCUAAGAAUAAGGCAUAUGUCGAAUCAAGGAAUAAGCAUGGACCAAUGGAUUUCUCAGCAAAUUUUCGGCACGCUAGGGCACAGAGGGGCACAGGAUCCGCAUCCAAACGGCACGGUGCCGCGUUCAAAGUGCCCGUGGAACACCGCACCCACAGUAGCCGUAGCAGAUGUCGCGUUGGAAAAGACACCGGAAGAAAAUUGCUUGCUGUCGAUAAGUAUCUGCUCUACGCGGAAGACGUCAUCGAAUGGAAAGAGAGAAAGCAGAAUAUAGACGACUUGAAAACUACCGUUGAACAGUGUCGCUUGGAUGGAAGUAAUUUUGCAAGAGAGUGUGCAGAGAAAGCAUUGAGCUUGCUGGAAGAUGAGCAUUUGGAUGAGUUGAAGAAGGCAAAUACGAAAAGAAGGGAUGCUGUGGAGACAACGAUUGAGUAUGCGAAGCUGUUGAGAGAGAUGUGGGCGGCGAAAAAGAAGAACAUCGCUCCGAACGAUUUCAAUGACGCCAUCCGAAUGAACUCGGACAUGUUCGAGUGUAGUGAGCAGCAUGACUGUCAGGAGUUCGUCGCAUUCCUUCUCGAUCAGCUUCAUACUUCAAUGUAUGAAGCCAAUAAAACUCUCCAUCCUCCACCACCUGCAAUAGACCCCAAGAAAGAAGAGGAAAAUCAUGAAAUAGAAGAAACUGACGAAGAAAAAGCGGAAAGAUCAUGGACAGAGUAUGAAAAACAGAACGAAUCUCUUGUCACACAACUCUUCACCGGACAGCUACGCUCUCACUUCAUCGCAUAUGCGAAAAGUAACGAAGACAAAUGGUUACUUCUGAACGAUUGUUCCGUUAGAGUAAGUUCAUUUUCCAAAUGUUUUAAUAUUAUCUUUUUUUCAGGAAGUAUCCGAAGAAGAAGUCGACAACAAAGAGCUUCGUCUAGGAACAUUCAUAAUUGCCGAUGGAUCUUCAAAGGAUACUUCGCAAGAAGAAAAGUGAUGAUUUUGAAUAAUACUUGGAAGUAUAAAGUCAAAAUAAGGGUCCAGAAACCAGGGGAAUCAUAUGUAGAUCACGAUGUUCCGGAACAAGAGUUCAUUGUUGUUCAUCGAACUCCACAACCAGUCAACAAUGAACAAAGGCAACCACAAACUGUUGUUGGACCAGUUGUAGUGGUGCCUCCAAUCAAAGAAUUCUAUCGACUUCCAGACACAACGAGCAACAUUGAAGUCAGAUGCACUACUAAAGAAGAGUGGAAAGAAAAAGGAGGCGGAGAAGUAGAUGAGGAUACUAUUGAUAUUGAAAGUAUUAACCAUCCUAAAUAUGCUGCAAUCAUAUUGAAUAAAUUUCCCCCGGAGAAUUUAAAGUUUGAAUACGAAGUCACUGGUCUGGAGGAGGAUAGUGAGUAUGAAAUGGAAUUGCUGUUCGAUCCAAGCAAAAAUUCACAUCUCAGGCAAGUUAUUUUGAUUGCGUUCACAAGACAUACGGCAGAAACAUUCAGAAUACAGCUCCUCAAAUCAGGCGACGAUGAACAAGUGGAUACGCGUGUGAGGCAAGUUUCUCACAGGCACAAGGCACAGCCAGGAAGGUAUUGGAAAAAAUCAAAAGUGAAUUUCGAUAAACUCUGGUUCCGAAGAGGACACUAUUUUGGUGAUGCACCUGCUGAUGCGAAAUAUGAUGUGGACUUGACUAGUAGUAGAAUGUAUCAAGUGAAGUUGAGAAUCCGGAAAGAAGGAGACGAAGAAAAGACUUUUGCAAUCGUUCAUCAAAAGUUUGUGGCAUGCUCUCGCAAAUUUAAGUCAGAGUCACAGAAGAAUAAGACGAAUGCAGAUUCGGAUGCAGAUACAGAUACUGUAUUAUUCUCAGCAUUUCUUAAAAUUCUGAUCCUAUUAAUUUUUCAGUGGCAACCCACAGACCAGAUUCCUCAGAAAAGGCACGGAAUGAUGCCAUCUACGAGCGAUAAUUCUGUAAUGUCCCCAUCAGAUCUACCUAAGCUUCAAGCACUCGGUGCAUUUCCGCAUACUGUGAAUCCUAUUCAACCACAACGAAUGAAUAUCGGUUUGAAGUCAGCUCAAAGUCGUCUAGGCGGAAUUCCUGAACCGUUUUCGCAACAAGGAACCGGACCGUUUUUUAAUACACAACAUGUCAACAUUGAACAAAGACAACCAGAAACGAUGCCAUCUAGAAGCGAUAAUUUUGAAUUUUCACUGUCUCCUCUAUUUGAGUUGCAAAUUGCCAAUGGAAUGUUGCCUCAUAUAGAUCCAGAAUUUGCUUACUCAGUUGCGCAGGCUCUUCAUUCAAUUUCUAACCAACCACAAGCCGGGCAAGUUCUAACUGUUCCACCUCCAGUCAACAUUAUUCAACCAGUAGUUGUUGUGAAGCCAGUUGAAGAGCCUCCAAUAAAUCCAGAACCGGAACAGGAAUCCCCGUGA